UUCAAGAUAUAACUGCCACCGAGUGAUGUACCUACAAAAGUUUUGCGCCUCAGAAUUUCUAUUUUAUGAAUUAAAUGUGUGCUAAGUUAAACUAAUUUAAAUAAACAGACCAAUAAUUUAAUAAUUGCAUAUCACUUUAGCAAUGUUCUCAAAAGCUAAACGAUUUGAACCCCUUGUUCCUUCCAAAACCAAACCAAAGACACAAAUAAGCACUGAUUCGUCGUCUAAGACUAAAAUACCAUCAGCAGCUAAGCCGAAAUUACAUUCAGCGCCAGCGUCGAAAAUAAACUUUGAUUCCCAAUCUCUAUGCAGUUCCAGUGUUAAAAGCAUCAAAUCUUUUGCUACUCCUCAACAGCUGAAGAACAUACCAUCUCAGCAUGCAAAAAAUCUAAAGCCGCCACUUUCUGCUAAAAGUACCAAUAAAAAAGUUGAUAAUAAACUUCAGGAUGAUAUGUUAAAAGCCCAUGAAGUGGAAAUAAGAAAUAAAGAUUAUACAAUAAAAGAAUAUGUGAAACAAAUAGAGGAAUUAAAAUGUGAAAUUUCUAAUUUGCAAAAAACACUCAAGGACAAAACAAAUUCAGAAAUAAAUAAAAUUAAUGAAAACUUUAAACAAAUUGACAUUAACAAUGAUGAAGAAAAUGACUUUGUGGAUGAGGACAAGGAAAAUAUUUCCAAUUUUGAUGAUGUGAGAAAAAAUUUGGUUUAUCAAAUACAAAAGCUUCAAAACCAAUGUAAAAGUUUAGAAGAAGAAGUGAAUAGUAAGCAAGUAGAGCUGACAUCACUGGAAGAUGUCAUCACUAUCAGGGAUAGCUUGUGUGCAGACUUGCAGAAAAAACUUAGUGAUGUUGAAUCCUGUUUGGAUGAGACCCGACAAAGGCUCGAGAUGGUAAAAGGUCAUCAUGCUCUUGCAUUAGAAGCCAACGAGAGCAUAAGAAGAGAGUAUAAAUUGGAGUUGGAGACAUUAAAAUCUAGACUCGACGAGGAAAAGCAAGCCAUUAUAAGCAAGAGCAAAGCAGAUUUAGAAAACUUGAAAAUAAAUUACACAAAUAUAAUUGAAACUUUGAGAAAUCAAAUAGCAAAUGAAAAAGAUGAUAAAAUUUAUGAAUUGCAAAAGUUGCUUGCCAGUAAGGAGAAAGAGAUGAAAGCUAAGCUGGAGCAAGUCAAUGAAGCUUCUCGGGAGAAGUUAAAAUUAUGUGAAAUUCAGUUUGAAGAGAGGACCAGCAGCUUACAGGAGCACUGGUCGCAGCAACAAAUUUUAAUUAAGGAACUCGAAAAUGAAGUUGCUAAUUUAAAUAUUAAAAUUAACGAGAACAUAGAAAGUAAAGCUGACUUGCAAAAGAAAAUAACAGAUCUACAAGAUGAAAGAAAUACCCUAGAGUUAAACUUAGAACAGCUUCAGAGAGAAUUGAAAGAAAUAAAAGAAGACUCUAAAAACAAAACAACAAACAUGGAGAAUGAAAUCAGCAAUCUAAAACUUGAAAUAGAUAGGGUGACUAAAGAGAAAAAUAAAUUUGAAAUGUCUCUAUCAGUAACUAGAGAUAUUGUUCAAGUCCUAACCAUGAGACUAAGGGAAUCAGACAAUGAAGUUGAACAUUUGGAGAAACAAGUUCAAACAUUGAGUCACACUAAAGAUGUUUUAGAAGAAGAGCUGGCGACAUAUAAGAAUUCACUCAAUAACACCAUACUAGAAUGCAAUGAGUACAAAGAGGCUCUAGUGAAUAUAUUGAAAUCUAAAGCUGCAUUGGCCAAAGAACACAACAGAAUCAUGGAACAUAAUGUAACUCUUAUAGAAAGUCUACAAAAUGUCGAGAAAGAGGCAUAUAGGGAGCUGGGUUCGAUUAAAAGUGAGCUGAUUGAAGAUGUCGAAUUAAUAAAAAAGGAAUCUAGUUCUCAAAUUAAAAUGUUACGUGAUGAGGUGGAGAAAAAGAGGUUGUUAUGUGAAUUGGCGACCGAGCAUGCGGGCCAAGCGAGCGCAGCGGCCGAGCAGUCGCGAGUGCUGCUGGCUCGCGCCGCCUCCGAUCUGCAGAGGCUGGAAGCAGACAACCGCCGCUUACAGAGUCAGAUCCAAGAUCAACAGUCGCUCGUUGUGGAGUUGUCGCUGCUUCGACAAGAGAACGAGGAGCUCUCAAUGAACUUAGCCAAACAAACUUCUAUCAUUGACAAAAUGAAGAAGGAAGCUGACCAAGUGGAUACUAAGCCGAAGUCUCCUUCUUUGUUUCGCAAAACGCAGAAGAUUGGCAAGGAGAAUGUCCAGAUUGUUGUCUCUCCACUUCGGGAGCGUAAUCAUUGACUUGCUACUUUAUUUUUUGCGACACAAAACUACCAAAAUCAUGUUUAUUUCCUAAAUUGAAGUUUAUUUCCAUGUUAAAAAUCACGUUUUAUUUAUUGGUAAGCAUAACGCAAUGCACGUCUAAAAGUUAUGGUUUUUCUAUGAAAUUUUUUUUGUUUUUAAUUUUUAGAAAACCUCGACAUGUUCGAUUUAAAAUAUCACAACUGUUAUUCUAUACUGUUAAAGUGACCGGUGACGCUGCGUUAAAGUAAAUAAAAUCAGCCAAGUGCGAGUCGGACUCGUGCACGAAGG